AUGGGCACUGACGGCGCCUUCGUACCCACGGUCUACCAUCCACCCACCAUGGAGGAGAGGUCACAGCAGAUGAUGCACCGCACACGAUUUCGUCUGAUGCUUCGCGUUUUGCUUUGCUUCGUUGCCGCGAUUCCGACCCUGAUCAUCGGCAUCGUCUACAUGAAUCUCGUGUCACCAGAGAACCACGGGAGACACUAUCUGAUGCAGCCGCUCAAUGGUGUCUCGCGAGCCGAGUGGUCUCUGUUGAUAAUGGCGACACCUGUUUACUUCUUUGCUGCCGAUGUCUUUCAUCGACGGGCGAUCAAGGAACUGUACUCCCUCUGGCGACCUGGCAGCCCUGUUCCCAUUCUGCGCCGUCUUUACCGCUUUGGUAGCAUGGACAUGCUUGUUAGCUUCGCCACAACCAUCGCCUACUUCAGCUCGAUCGCAGAGAUUGUCAUCGCGGCGACUAACAAUCAUCAUAUGGAGAUGCAGUCCAGACCUUCGCACAUGGAUGCCGUCGUCUUCUUGACUCUGUUCUUAUUAGUGGGUCGCGUGAUCGAAGCCUACAGCAAGGCAAAGACUGGUGAAGCAGUGUCAAAGUUGGGGACCUUGAGACCCAAGGACGCGCUGCUGCUUCUAGAUGAUCAGAACGGGGAGAGUCAGGUCAAGACCAUCGGCGUCGACCUACUUGACUGCGGCGAUCGAGUGAGAGUUGUCCAUGGUGGCUCACCGCCAUGGGACGGUGUCCUCAUCGAUGGCUUUAACGCCGAAUUUGUCGAGUCCAGCCUAACAGGCGAGUCAAAACCUGUGGAGAAGCGACUGGGCGAUUACAUUUACUCUGGCACCGUCAACAACGGUGGCCCGAUCACCAUGCAGAUUACCGGCGCUUCUGGGGAUUCCCUCCUCGAUCAGAUCAUCAAAGUCGUACGGGAUGGCCAGGCUCGACGCGCUCCGAUUGAGCGUGUGGCUGACUCUAUCACUGGCCACUUCGUCCCAGUCGUCACACUCAUCGCCAUUGCAACCUGGCUAAUCUGGCUUGGUCUUGGACUUGCGGGUCGCCUGCCAGCAGACUACAAAGAUGUCGUUGUUGGAGGUUGGCCAUUCUGGUCUCUUCAAUUCGCCAUAGCCGUGUUUGUUAUCGCUUGCCCAUGCGGUAUUGGUCUUGCUGCUCCGACUGCACUUUUUGUCGGUGGCGGGCUUGCUGCGAAGCAUGGCAUUCUGGCCAAGGGCGGAGGUGAAGCCUUUCAGGAAGCCAGUAACCUGGACAUCAUCGUUUUCGACAAGACUGGCACCUUGACCGAGGGUGGAGAACCCACGCUCACUGACCACCGUAUCCUCGCUAUCGACGACGCCCAAAAGGGUGCUUGGGAUGAGAACAUCAUCCUCGGCUGCUUGGUGGAGCUUGAGAGCAACAGCAGCCACCCAAUCGCCAAAGCUAUCACCACUUUCUGCGGACCUCAACGCCGGAAUAGCUUCAAGUCAACAAGCAUUACAGAGGUUCCUGGAAAGGGUAUCAAGGGCACCUUUACAGGCGCUUCUUUCUCGGCUCCGUUCGAGAUCAUUGUUGGAAAUGAAGCCCUGAUGGCUGAUCACGGAGCCAUUUUUGAUGAGCAAACGUUGGAGAAACUAGACAGUUGGAAGAGCCAAGCCAAGUCCGUGGUUCUCGCUGCUGGCAAAUUCGUCUCGUCCGACAACGGUGUCAGAUGGAAUCCUCUAGCCAUUUUCGCUGUUUCGGAUGCUAUUCGCCCAGAGGCGAAGCCGGUUUUGGAUGCUCUACGAGAGCAGGGUAUCGACGUGUGGAUGCUCUCUGGAGACAACGCCAAGACCGCAAGAGCUGUUGGUGCUAUGGUCGGCAUCCCGGAGGACCACAUCAUCGCCGGCGUGCUUCCUGAGCAGAAGACAGAGAAGAUUGAGUACCUGCAGAAGAGCCAGAUCAAGGUCGAAUCCUUUCUGGGCAUUGGGAACUCCAGGUACCGGCGGCCGACCGUGGCCAUGGUUGGAGAUGGCAUCAAUGACUCUCCUGCAUUGACUGUCGCAGACGUUGGCAUUGCCAUUGGCUCAGGUUCCGACGUCGCUAUCUCUGCUGCCGAUUUUGUUCUCAUCAACUCUAGCCUUGCGACGCUUCUCACACUCACGAGUCUCAGUCGAGCGGUGUUCAGACGUGUCAAGUUCAACUUUGCAUGGGCUUUGGUCUACAACCUCGUUGCUCUGCCUAUCGCCGCAGGUGUCCUGUACCCGAUCAAGACGAACGGAAGUAACACGAGAUUGGAUCCAGUUUGGGCGGCACUUGCAAUGGCUUUGAGUAGCCUCAGCGUCAUUACAAGCAGUCUGCUGUUGCGGCUUCCGCUACCGGUAGUUGGAUGCAAGACCAAGACCAUUGGAAACUUGUAG